GCGUGGCCUUGUGACUAGAGCGAAAAACAAGCUCCCGCCACACCGCAUACAUCCACUACCCGCCGUAAAGACAGGAGGAGGCUACUGUGGGUCUCACCUCCUUGGAAACGAGUGCGUGCAAAUUAUCAAAAUACCACCCAUCAGAACGGAAAACGCUUUUGCUGGCGGGAGUUUACCGCUGAGGCGUCGGAUGGAUGAUGAGGAGGAGGACAUGUCACGGCCCAUCUCACUGCUCUGGGGAACGCCCUUCAGGGACGGCAAAUACGAAGACCCGGCCAUGCAGCUCCAAUCUCGACGGGCCCGCUCUGCCGUCAGCAUGGCCGCGCCCACGCCGCGCAGCCUCAACAACAACGGCAUCAACUCGCUGGCCUGCAGCUUGCAGCGACAGCCUCGCGUUCCCUUUCACGGACUGCGCUCCCGUUUUCCCUCUCCGUUUGAGCCUCUGGAGGACCGAGGAGAGAGGCGAGCAGAAGAGGAGGAGAGGAGGAGACAGGAGGAGGAUGACAGGAUGGGGGGGAGGCCCGGGGAGCAGGCGGGGGUGAGCGUGGAGACUCAAAUCGGCCAAAAACUAAGAGAGAUCGGAGACAAGUUCCAGCAGGACCACAUAGACCUGUUCCUGAGGCACCAGAGACAAAACCUGCCCGCCUGGAUGCGCCUUACGAUGGCCCUGUUUGGCUUCCUGUUCCCCAGACAGCCUCCAAUCCCUCGCCUGAGAGGAGAGCAGAGGUGAAGGGCUCGGUCCCGCCUUCAGCCUCCGUUUACUCCCCCCCUCCUUUACUUGUCACGGGACCAGACUUUUGAGAGAUGGCACUGUAAGAAGGAAGACGGGUUCGGAUUUCGUGUUUAAAUCAACUAUGAAGAAGAGAUAAAGAAAACUCUGGUCACCGCUGGACGGAGACUGAUGGCAUUUUUUUUUUAUUCCCCCCCUUUCUCCCUGCCCCCACCUCAUUUUUUUAAUUUCCCCCUCCCGUUCAAGAAGAAGCCAUUGAGUUUGAAGAGAUAUUUUGGAAAUACUUGUAAGAUGACCUAUUUUGUACAGCUCUUUUUAUUUCAAGUCUCGGAAGGAACUCUCAUCAUCAGUCCGAGGAAUGCCUUAUGAUUCUCUCCCGCCACCGCACGGAGGAAGUCAAACGUGGACGCCUCAAAGGACUCCAACCACAAAAUCCACCCCCAAAACUCCAAACGAUAAGCCCUGAACUUGACCUUUGCCUGUUUCACACUGGCUCAUUUUGCUGUCAUCCGUCAGCAUCCCCCACGCCGGGCGCAUACUUGAAUUUACGCCAUCAUCGGCCAUUUUGAACGCAAACGAGCACAAACAAAUGGGUGGGUGGGUGGAAUGAAAUCAAGAACCGCUGCUGAGAAGGUGUCGCCAUGAAGCUUCUCAGGACAAUCUUUGGGCAAAAGAAGUUAUUGACGUUCCUCCACUGUAUGGCUUCAAGUUACACAAAUGCACUUAGUUGAUCUUAAAUAUAAACAGCAUUUAAAUGUAAACAUAUGACCAUUUUAAAUGAGGUAUUGGUGAUUUUUCAAACAGGGGUGUCCAAAGCUGGUCUGCAGCUUUUUUCUUUAUUGGCCUGUGGCACAUUAUGGAAAAAAAUGGAACCAAAAUAGAGCAAAAUGUCAAUUUUAAUAACUAGUAUUUGAUACAAAGUUUGAAUUCCUCCUAAGGACACCCCUUCCUGCACUUUUUAGGGGAAUUUUAACCCGUUAUCCACAAUCCUUUCGUGCAUUCUAAAGAUAUAAAAACAGCUAAAGACAGGAAGCUCGCCGUUAAAACACAUCCAAAAACAUGGUUUUAUAUCCAUGCUGUCACCAUAUUGUAACAGGUACAUUCAUGGUAACAUGUUACGGUAUUUUGCUCAUUUAUAGGCAUUGAUUUCACAUAGCAACAUAGAACGGACACUACACCUAGCGUUACCUUUUCCAAACUUUUUCAAACACAGCAGCAUCAAUGUGUUAACCUUAUUAAGGAUGUCCGAUAUUAGCUUUUUUGCCAAAAAAUGAUCUGACUCUAAUCCAACUCUUAAUAUCAGCCAAUACCAAUAUGUGUAACAUGGCUUAUCUAAUGUGGUGGAAUGAACACAUGUGUUAUAUACAGCAUUUAAAAAAAUAUAUACAUUUUUAUGAUGGGGAAAAUACCGAUAAUAACCGAUUUUGCAUUUCUAUGCUGAAAUCGGACAUCCCUAAACGUUCCUUUUCGCUAGUGGCCUGAGGCAUUGUGAACGAAUGUGUGGUGAAGCUACUCACUAGCCAGCUAGUAGCUAGCCGGUGUAGUGUGGCGAGGUAUCACUAUGCCAGCAAAGUAAUUUUUAGUGUAAGAAUGUUAUUAAUAAAAAGAUACAUAAGGAUUGUGGAUGAUGGGGGCAGUUUUCCUUUAAAACAAUGCAGGUGCACUGGAGUGCAGUACUUGGCGCGUCCAGCAGUGGUGCUGUUUAGCAAUGUGAAGUUCCUCUCCACCCAUGCAAACUUUUCAUGAUUAUUUGCCACCUAAAAUAAUAUUUAAAAAAAAAAAAGAAUCCAUGAAUUGUUAAUAUACUUCAACACGGCCACUGUUUGUUUUGACUCCACACAUAAAGUUGGAUGUAUUCUGAACUUUUUGAAGACACUGAUGGGUUUUAUUUGUUGUUCUUUUGAGGGAGUAGUCGACAACCUGAUGCUGUUUUUUUUCUUGUUGGGAAUGGAGUGAGACCUCCAUGCAGGACAUCAUUGAUGGGAAUUUGAUAAGGUUUGUUUCCUGCAAACACUGAACGCUGAGCCAAUUCGGACCUCUCGCUCUUUUUUUUUUUUUUUUUAGCCUAGCAUUACGUCGGGUUACUCCCCAAUGGUUUUCUUAAUUUAUUGACUUAUUUAUUUGGUGUAUAUUUGCUACUGUAUAGACGCUAGCUCGUGUGUGUUCUCCUCGUUGUUGCAUUCAGCCGUGAGGGCGUGGCCCGGGUGGCGACGUUGGUCUAAAAAGCCAUGUGCCUCGUGCGUUCUCACGAGUUCCAAAAAAAAACGGACAAUCAGAUGUAUAAAACGUGCCUUGUGAGACCUGCUCCUUUCUGAUUAUUAUCAUCAUCAUCAUCGUCGCUCGAAUGUCCGGCGUUUGAUUCUCACGAGGCACAGACAUCUUCGGCGGGAAGAGGCGGCUUUUCUUUUUCUAUCAAGACUGUUUGCAAUCAACAUGCACUGUACAAACACUCUUUCUACUCCUGUGUGCUGAACAUCCCUCUCUUUUGUAACGUGCUGGAGGAGUGACCCCCGCCAUCCCAGCCGGGCUGAGCUUUUCCAAGGAGGAACGAGUCACCGCGGUGCCCAGUAUUAUCAAAUGUACGCUUCUUCUUUGGGUUCAACCUUCAGUGUCUUUAAUAUGAGAUUUCUACUAUCACUAUCGGAGACGGAGUGCAUCUUAACUGUCAAGUGCUGUGAUGACUUGGUGUUUUUUUUGAUACAUUUAGAUAUGAAUUUCAACAGCGAGACAAUUUGUAUUGAACGUUUUUCAAUUUUUCUAAGAGAAACAAACUUUUUGGCUUUUUUUCUAUAAUCAAUGUUGUGGCAUUUUUUUUUUUUGGAAGAUUUCUGCUAAGUCUGCUGUAACACUCAGUUCAAGGGCUUUUUUUCAAUAUCUGUAUAAAAAAAAAACUGCAUGUCAGACAUUCCUGAUGAUAAAAGAGGCUGUUUCUUAAAGGGGUUUUGAAUGUAAUUUCAUAGACGGAAACACAAACUCAACUAGUGGAGCGUCUUUUGGAUUUUUUUUUUUUUUUUUGGUUUUUGUUUUCGGGUUUGUGCGCGGCGUGAGUCUUCACUUUGCUUUCUUCAGAGUGGUCUCAAGGAUUU